ACCAUCGCCAUCGUCUCGUCUCCCUCAUCGUCAUUUGGAGUUGAGGAGCGUAGUAGCAGACCUACGCUGCCCUCCCACAGUUGCCUCGACGCCCUGCCUGCCACCGCCUUGUGGCUCUCGACCCGCUGGCUGGCUGGCUCGCUCGCCCUCUUGUUACCGGAUCCGCACCUCCCUCCCGACCAUUCGAUUGACUCACGGCUCCGACACCCACGUCCCCCACCCCACAUUCAAAGUGGGACCAGGUCCCAUCGGCGGGCCAUGACCGACUACAACGACGCUUCUCACCACGAACAAGGUGACGAGGCCGAUGAUCACCACGCAGUCAGCGAUGAGCAGGCAGCUGAAGUAGCUGGAGCAGCCGCUGCUCAUGCUGCUGCUGCCGCCGCCGCUGCUGCGUACCAUCAUCAUGAUGAGGCGGGAGCGGCCUUCUUUGGAAUCGAAUCAUCAUCAGAUAAUGCUCAGCAGCAUACAGGCAACGAGCAUGAGGGCGACGUAGCAAAGGAUGAAGAGGCGUCUCAACAAGUGAUUCAAGGCGCGGAUCAAGAGCGCAGCAGCAAGGACGACAGCCAUGCUGCUGCUGAGUCCGCUCCUAACCUCGAGUCCAUCGCUGCUGCUGCUGCCAUCGCCGCCGCCGCUGCUAAUCAUCAUCACGGCGCAUAUGAUGAGGCAGCACAACAGGCCGCAGAGCAGCAGCAGCAGCAGCAGCAGCAGCAUGUCCCCGCCGAGCAGGUCGAUGGUCAGCAUGCUACCACGCACGACGACCAAGCACAGCAUACAGUCGAAGAUGCAUCCGCCAACGGCAACGGUACCACCGACUCAUCCGCUCCAGUCGCUUCAUCCUCUCGCGCCCACGCAGCCUCCCCACCAGCGUCACGCAAACAGAAUCAAUCCUGCGACGCCUGUCGUGGUCGCAAGGUGAAAUGUGUGCGAGAGCUAGGGGAGACCAAGUGCUACGAGUGCAAACGCAAGAACUUGGAGUGCACCACCUUCUACGUUCAGAUGGUCACAUCUGGACCGAGACGACCUUCAAAGAGGCAGAAAAACUCACAUCCUCAACCUCAUUCCCACUCGCAUGCCCACGCUCCGACGUCAGCCGCCGCCACAGCCGUGGAUGGCGAAGGUCAUGACCCAUCGUCACCCCACGUAGCAGCAGCAGCCGCUCUCCAGGACGACGGCCUCCCCUCCGUGGUCAAGCAUCUCCUUCUCCGUGAGCCCCCAUUACCCUACACAGCAACGGACGCCCCGUCUCCAGCAUCGGGAGGGCUGAGCGCCGCCUCGUUACCUGCGGAACGCCCCAAGCUGCCAACCGCAGCCGAGUCCCGAAUCCAGAACACCCAGGCUCGCAAAGACCUCGUCUCUGAUCUCGUCGAUACCUACUUCAAGGUCGUCCAUCCAAGAUACCCCAUUCUCGAUCAGGUGGCCUUUCGCCAGCAUCUGUGUACCGGUCCGGCGAGAGAUGCGGCUUGUCCUCCAGGCGGUGGAGCAAGUGGUAGCCAGCCCAUCCCGGACGUGCUGGUAGCCGUUGUGCUUGCGUGGGGCGCAAGAUUCAGUGAAGCGCAGAUCUUGAUUGCGGACAGAAAAGAGGCGGAGCAGUACCUCUCGUCAACAGAGAAGGCUAAGCGCUCAGAGGCCAUCCUGCUGGGGUCGGACCUCGAGCAGAACGGCAACGCAAAUGAUGCCAUUGGGACGAGUCGCGUAGCUGAAGACCUCAUCCAGCGAUGCCUCGACGUAUUUGAGCGCAAUCGCGUCUACUCGGUCGCUACCACCACGAAUGUCAAGGCAGCGCUCUUGCUUGAGCCAUUGCUCUGGGAAACAAGACGGCGUCCCUUCCCCGCUCGACCCGUGACGGACCCCAUCGAUGUCGUCGGCAAGGAUCGUGUACAGCAUCCCCUCCUCUCCCGCUCCCACCUUCGCUGCCACAGCACAGCCCGUCUCGCCGCCACGCACCACAUGAUGACGCUCGGGCACAACACGACCUCCGGCAUCAGCACCAUCGAGGACACAGAAGAGAAGCGCUCACUCCUCUACGCGUGGUACCUUCUCGAAUCCCUCGAUGCCUACCAAGCAAUCUACCAUCGUCGUAAGCCCCUCCUCUCCCUUGAGGACUCGACUUGCGGCUCCCCCUCCGCAGCCCCUCGCAACGACAAGCUGGGCGGUACAUCCCCCCUCGGGCCAGGAGAGCAGUAUGACAAUUGGCUCGCCUCCUCGCAGGCCGCAAAUCAGGUAUGCCGCCUCAUGCACCUCGUCGUAUUCACGGCUAGAGCAGAGCUGCAUGGCGUGGAGGUGGAGAGCCUCGCCCACUUGGUGGGGCAGAUAGACGAGUGGAAGAACACCUGGCUGGCAAAAGUGGGCGUACCGGCCGAAUGGCCCUCUACUUGGGAUUUCAGUGACGCGAUUAUUGCGACCAACUCUGAGAUCCUGUAUCACGUCCUGUGGGUGGUGCUUUGGCAAGGAUUGGACGAGUAUGGGCUUUCGAGCUCUAGUCUGGGUGAGGAGGGGCAGACACUUGGACGAAGGAUUACGGCCGAGGCCCUAGACUCGGCAUUGCGCAUCGCCUCCCUCUCCUCCGUACUGUCUUCGAAUGGAUACCUCAAGAUGGACCCGGGGAUCGCCCUUAUGCCCAUCGCGGAGUCGGCGUACGUGCUAGCGCGCUUCAACCGGCCGAGCGAGGCAGGAGAGGCCACCCUCGCGCUCAGGCAGUACGGGCGGGCGUAUGAUCUGUGCCACGAUGUGGCGGCGGAUGUUGAGGGACUUUUCCUAGAGCUGCAUGGUGAGACUUUGCCCUCUGCGAGCGAUGUGGCUGCAGCAGCGGCUGCUGCGGCGGCGGCGGCGCAUCAUGAGCAGCAGCAGCAGCAUCACCAGAUGGAGGAGCAUGGGGUUCAUCAUCACGAGGGCCACCACGAGGAGCAUCAUGAUCAUCACCACCACCACCAUCAUCACCACGAGGCAGAGGCUGCUGCCGCUGCUGCCGCCGCCGCUGCUGCUGCAGCGGCCGCUGCGGUGGCUCAACAGAGCGAAUUUGAGCAGCAGCAGCAGCAGGCGGAGGAGGCCAAGGUCAACGGUGUUGUCGAGGGAGGGGAUGAGGCGAUGCUGGAGGAUUAUGCGGCUUAGCAGUGAGCCGAGUCUGUUUUCUUUGUAAUCACACCUUGUUGUAAGGCACACCACCGAAUCGAUCAAAUAAUUUAACUCACGUGUUAGAUGGC